GGGAAAUGUGACGGUAAAUGGAAUUGUAAUUACUUUGCUCAGAGAAUACAUUUUCCCGAUAUUACUCGCAUACUGCAAACUAUAAAAGUAGCUAUAUUUUUCGAGAAAAGUCAGUCUCUGCAGUUCCGUCGAGUGCACCAGUUCAAAUAUAAACUAUAAAAUGGAAAGCCACUUCCAGAAAACACUUACUCUCUUUUGCGUAGUAAUUUUCCUUGUAUUCGGAGUAAUGUCUUCAACAGAUGCAGCGUACAGAAGGCCUCCUUUUAAUGGGUCCAUUUUUGGAAAAAGGACUGCUGGAAGUAACGAUUUCGAAAACGCAGGAAAGGCACUAUCAGCGAUGUGCGAAAUAGCAAGCGAAGCAUGUUCCUCCUGGUUUCCAACGCAGGAAAAAUAAAAUGCCGACAUAGCUAAUGACAUAUGGACUGAAAUGGAUACGAAUUCACUCACAACUAUCUAUAGUUAGUUUUAAAAACAUUUUUGUAAAAAUUGAAAAAUAAUAGUAGAAAUAAAUAAAAGAUGUCUAAGUAUAA